GGCAGAGCGGAGAGGAGCAGCGGGGUCAGCGGCUCUGUAACUGUGGACUACUGCACUCACCUGGACGGCGCUGCAAUGCUGCUGCUGCUGCUGCUGCUGCUGCUGCAGGGAAGACCCUCUGCUGUUUAUGUUGCACUUUUAUUUUAUUCUCAUCUUCUGGAGCCAACUUGGGUGCUCGCAUUCAACCUUGACACCAGUCACGUCAUCAGAAAAGACGGAGAGCCGGGGAGUCUGUUCGGCUUUUCCCUCGCCAUGCACCGGCAGCUCAACCCGGAUAAAAGAAUGCUAUUGAUUGGAGCACCCAGAGCCAGAGCUUUGGGGAAACAGACAGCCAACAUCACGGGAGGCCUUUAUAAAUGUGAAAUCACACACUCCAACCAUUGUGAGCGUAUUGAAUUUGAUAGUGAAGAGGACAUCCAUGUUGAGAACAAGGAGAACCAGUGGAUGGGGGUGACGGUUCAGAGCCAGGGACCUGGGGGAAAGAUUGUGACUUGUGCUCAUCGCUAUCAGAGGCGCUUGUUUGUGAACACGCCUCUGGAGUACCGGGACAUCACCGGGCGCUGUUAUGUCCUGAGCCAGGACCUGACCAUCGACUCGUUGUCUGAUGAGGAUGGAGGUAACUGGAACUUCUGUAAGGGCAGACCCAGAGGCCAUGAGAUGUUUGGAUCUUGCCAGCAGGGUGUGGCUGCCACCUUCACCAAAGACUACCAUUACGUGGUGUUUGGAGCACCAGGGGCUUACAACUGGAAAGGCAUCGUUCGAGUGGAGCAAAAGAACAACACUUUGAUAGAGAUGGGAGUGUAUGAUGACGGCCCGUAUGAAGUUGGAGAUGAGCAUCUUUUGAGCCCUGAGCUCGUGCCUGUACCUGCCAACAGUUACCUCGGAUUCUCCCUCGAUUCGGGACACAGCAUCACGAGGUAUCGUGGUCUGACGGUGGUGGCUGGAGCACCCAGAGCCAAUCAUAGUGGAGCUGUGGUCCUGUUGAAGAAAGAGAGCGACACCUCCUCCAGACUUUUGGUGGAGCACAUUCUGCACGGGCCGGGGCUCGCGUCCUCGUUUGGCUACGACGUGGCUGUGGUUGACUUGAAUGGUGAUGGAUGGCAAGACAUAGUUGUGGGAGCCCCUCAGUUCUACAUGAAGGACAGAGACGUUGGAGGAGCCGUUUACGUCUACAUCAACCAGGCAGGAAGGUGGGAAAGAAUCACACCUGUCCGUCUAAAUGGGACCAAAGACUCCAUGUUUGGACUGGCAGUGGAAAAAAUUGGAGACAUCAAUCAAGACUCAUAUGAAGACAUUGCCAUUGGAGCUCCUUAUGAUGACGGCGGUGCAGGAAAAGUCUACAUUUAUCACGGCUCUGCGCAAGGAAUCACAACCAGCCCUGCACAGAUCCUUUCAGGAAAAGAGCACAACAUGCGACUCUUCGGAUAUUCUCUGGCAGGGAACAUGGACUUGGACAGUAACUCUUAUCCAGAUGUGGCUGUGGGCUCUCUGUCGGACACAGCCCUGAUCUACAGGGCACGACCAGUCAUCAGCAUCAGGAGAGAUGUCAAGAUAUCUCCACAGGAAAUAGACCUUACGAUCAAAACCUGUGGUAGCAGCAUUUGCUUCACGGUGGACGCGUGCUUCACCUGGAAAGCAAACACUGCAUCUUACAACCCCAGACUUACUAUCGGCUACUCGGUCGAAGUGGACGGAGAUCGCAGGAAACACGGGCUGACCUCCAGAGUGACGUUCCUCAACAAAUCCCGCUCUGAAACAGACUACCAGUUAAAUGGCACCUUGGACCUCCGCGGGCAAAACCAGAAGUCAUGCAUCAAGAUUACAGCCACACUGAAAGACAACAUUAAGGACAAGAUGCGCAGCAUCCCCAUUGAGGUGUCGGCAGAAAUUGCGGGUACUAAACGACAGAAGACGAGGAACGGCCUCUCUCAACUCAUGCCCAUAUUAGACUCCUCUCAACCAAGCAAAGACGUCAUUGAGGUCAACUUUGUGAAAGAGGGAUGUGGAAGUGAUCAUAUUUGCCGGAGUAACCUGAAGAUGGAGUAUAAAUUAUACUACAAACAAAGCAACCUCGACGUGUACUCCCCACUGCCCAUCAAUAAGAACGUCCCGGUGUUCCAUCUGAAUUACGAAAGGAAGGACUUGGCUCUGCGUGUGACAGUCAGCAACAUGAAUGAAGAUGAUGCGUACGAGGCAAAGCUGGUGGGGACGUUCCCGGACACGCUGUCUUAUUCUGGAGUGCGCUCACAUCAGACAACGCUGGAAAAGCCAAUCAUCUGUACAGCCAACCUGAACGGCUCUCAAGCGGACUGUGAGCUGGGGAACCCUUUCAAGAGAGACUCAAAGGCUACCUUUUACAUCAUCCUGAGUGCUGUGGGCAUGACUCUCGACACCACGGAGAUUGACUUCGACCUGCAGCUCCAAACUACAAGUGUGCAAGAAAAUAUCGCCCCUGUUAAAGUGAAGGCGAAAGUAAUCAUUGAAUUGCCGUUGUCGGUCAGUGGAGAAGCCAUCCCUAAUCAGGUUUCUUUUGGAGGCGUUGUGAAAGGUGAAAGUGCCAUGAAGACAGAAGAAGAGAUUGGAAGUUUGAUUACUUAUACAUUUAAAAUAAACAACUUGUGGAAGUCUUUGAAGUCUUCUUUCAAAGCCUCACUUCACAUUCAGUGGCCCAAAUGGAACAAAGACGGCAAAUGGCUUCUGUACCUGGUAAAGAUCACGGCCACUGGCCCGGAGGACGUCGUCUGCUCUCCCGAGUCAGAAAUCAACUCUCUCGAACACAUCCAGGAUGACUCUGCGUCCAGGACAAAACGGGAACUUGGAGAAAGAAAAACUGUCCGCAAAGUGUCAUCACUGUCAGACAAGAAGAACGUGUUGACAUGUGACAGUCAGAUCAAAUGUGUGGUGCUCAAGUGCCCCCUACAGGGCCUGGACGGUACAGCACUGGAACUGAGGUCUCGUCUGUGGAACUCGACCUUUAUUGAGGAUUACGCCUCUAUCUCAAACGUGCACAUUGUCGUGAAGGCCUCCCUCGUCCUCCAUACUCAGGCUAAAAACAUGAUCCUGAGAACCCCUCACACUGACGUGACAGUGUCCGUGUCCCCCGAGGGCGCAGUAGCACAGCACAGUGGAGUUCCCUGGUGGAUCAUCCUGGUGGCUGUUCUGGCAGGCAUCUUGAUUUUGGCUCUGUUGGUGUUUCUGCUCUGGAAGUGUGGAUUCUUUAAACGCUCCAAGCAAGAGGACAGCGUCCCAAGUUACCACGCAGUGCGGAUCAGAAAGGACACUUCUGAGAAUAAAGAUGGAAAAGUCCAGCUUGAUCCUUUUGAAAAGAAGCAGUGGAUGACCAAUUGGAUGGACGGUGAAAGUUACUCAUGACUCAUCUUACCGUUAAUAUUAUUUUUACUAACAGCUAUAACCUAAUUUUAUUUUUCAGUCUCAAGCCACAAACAGGAUAAACUUUGCCCUUUCUUGUUCACUCGGAGAACGUCAGUGAUUUUGUCUUUGAAUUUUUACACUGUAUAGAUGAAAUGUUUUUUGUAAGCUUUGUAUAUAUUUAAAUACUUCUGCACACUGUAUAUUUAUUUUUUGAUAAGUAAAUAAUUUCAUGCAGCCAAAGAGUUAUUUUCAGUCUCAUGUGUCCUUGAGCGGGACGAAGGGCUAAGUUUACAACUGUUUUUCUGUGGAGUUUUCUCACUAAAAGCCAACAAUCUAUGCAAGGAAAGAUCACCUAGCUCAGUAUUAUAUGAAUAUAAAAUCUGUAGUUCUUGUUGUUUUAUGUCUAGUUUCAGUACAUUUAAACACAAAACGUGAGUGACAUUUAGGUACAUUAUCAUUUCACAAUAAUUAAAAGGUGCAUAAAUGAGCACAGCUGAUUCUAAUAGCGUGCAGAGGUCUUUUCCCACUUGUGUUCUUUGAUUCUUUACCUCUUCUCACUGCUGUGGCAUUCAGGUAGCGUCCACUGUACUGUAGGUCAACACUGAAUCAAGACCGUUUUGUUCCAUGUAAGGAAUCCAAAGGGAAGAUGGUCAAUAGAAACUGCAAUGUUAGUUUUAUAGAAUAAAUUCAAUGUGAAGGACUUGUUGAAUUGUCAAGUAUAAUAAAAUGCUUAAACACUU